AUGAGGACAACUUGGACUGGGAUGAGAACACAACACAAUGCACACAACGGGCACAACAACCUGCAGACACCCAUAAAUAAUACAACUGUCUCUAAGAGCAUGAGUUGCUAUGAGUUGGUGUUUGCCUUUUUCUUCACUACUAUCUUAACAAUCGUUGCAAAUCUCAGAGCAAAACAUCCCCAACUCUUAGAUCAGCUCAGGAGCUGCGACUUAGUGGCUCAUUGGGCCUCAUAUGAACACAAACUCCUAAACUGCUCUCAACUGCAAACAGCUCUCAACUUCAACUCAACCAUCAAACAUCCAGUGGUGAGUAAGCGGAGUCAGGUCUAUAGGGAUUGGGCUGUGGUUGGCAUAGCUUUAGGCAAAAAAAGGGAUGACUUGGGAACACCUGAGUGCACAUACGCAGGAAGAAACCCACAAUCUCUGGAGUCAUUACCACACUCUCUGCUUCUCUCUGUGUCUACCUUAUGGAUAGUCACUUCGGGAGCAUUACGUGACGCGAACUAAAAAGUCAGAAAAGGCCUGUAAAUGGCUUGAGUGAGGAUACCAUGAGAAGAGUCUAAUGUUUGCUCACUAACUAAAUGAUGACUGAAAGCAGGAAAACACAUUUUAGUACAUUAGCUGGAAGCAGAUCUAUCCCUAAGAGCACAAUAUACACGCAGGACAUCCCAUGCGAGACCGAUCACAGGGCAAACACCCAUAAGACAUAUACACCAUAUAUACCAUGCAUUUACACUAUAUGUACAACAAAGUCAAGAAGCGCUUCUUUAUUGUCUUCUAAGUUGAAGUCUCGGCACAAAUCAUUGCAAUGACUAGCAAUGAGAGCAUCCAAGCAGUGAAACGCCCGAAGGGAGGAACGGAUCCAUGAAAGCAGGUAUUCGACAGAUAUUUCAAAACAUAUAUCAUCUCACAUGAAAUGAGUCUAACACUACCAUCUCUACACUUCUCUAUCAUAUCUACAACUAUUAAAGUCAUCUGAAUUAUCAGAGCUAUCAGAAGACUCAUUAUAGCCA